CAUGCGCCGCACGCUCUGACGUGUCUGGACAAACAUGGCGACCUCCUCCGGCGAGUUAUCAGCGAUGGACGGAGGAGAAAUUAUGCGCUACGCGGAGUACAGCUCGAAAGCGAACUCCAGGAGUGACGCGGAGAUCGACAGGCGGUUGGGCAGCACGCUGAUUGCAGUUGGCCUUGGAGUGGCUGCUGCUGGUUUUGCAGGUCGCUAUGCCUUCCAACUGUGGAAGCCACUAGGCCAGAUGUUCUCGGAAACGGUCCGAAAGAUGCCGAUAUCUUCUUUGUCGUCAUACUACAAAGGAGGCUUUGAGCAGAAGAUGUCUAAACGAGAGGCCACCCUCGUUCUUGGCAUCAGUCCUGUCAGUACAAAGGCCAAAGUACGUGAAGCCCACAGGAGAAUCAUGGUCCUCAAUCAUCCUGAUAAAGGCGGUUCGCCGUAUCUCGCUGCUAAAAUCAACGAGGCCAAAGACCUUCUGGACAAGGACAUGCGGCGGUGACCAUGGUUGUUUCCUUUAAUCUCUUGGACAGUCCAGAUUUCCUUCUGGUGACUUUCUUCUUUCCAUGCUUCGCUCAUAUGUACAAAUAUUUAAUAACUACCUGUCCUAUUAUUUUUUGUGUCAAAUUGACCCAUGAUAAAAAUGGUAAAGUAUGAAAAUUA